UGCGGUGACUGGCUCCCAUGCAUGUUAUACACAGCUUCAUAUGGCUGAUUUAGGGAAGGAAAAUGAGAAUAGUUUGACAGUUAGGCCAGUGUAAUCUGUAUCAGCGUGGGCCAAGAGAAGCCAUCAGCAGGGACAAAAAGAAACGACAAGUGAGGAGCCACAGUGCGGAGUGCGACAGCUCUAGGCCUGACUUAGUCUGUGCGACUCUGCUAUGCGCUACGAUGGCAUCCAGCUCGGUCUUUCUGUCCAGUAUGGUGGGUAAAGCUCGGUCAUCUAACUUCACCCUUUCCGAGAAGUUAGACCUGUUGACACUCGUUCGGCCUCACAUUCGCAUCCUGGAGGAGCACACCAACAAGCACGCAGUCAUUGUGGACAAGAACAAAUGCUGGGACACUGUGGCUGAGCAGUACAACAGCUUGGGAGGGGACAGACCCCACCGCACGGCGCAGGGCCUUAGGACCCUCUACAAGAGACUGAAAGAAUCAGCCAAGCAGGAAGUGAUGCAGCGGAGACACGCCCAGCCUGAGUACAGAGCGAGCAUCUCGGAGCCAACCAGGAGGAUUAUGGAAAUGAUUCCUCACCUGUUUCAACACGUGCCUAUCCACGAAAAGGACCAGGCACUGCGCAGAUUAAUAUACAACAAGCACAACUCUCCCACCGACCAUCCUGGGAGUAGCUCCUCUCUUGCUGGACUUCAAGACUACUCGGCAGCAGUUCCUAAUAUCCCCAGUGAGGUGGUCCAGCUGGACGCUGAAGAGGACGUUAAACCCCCACCAGAUCUUCCCACGCUUUCUACACACACAGGGCUGGAGGGAGACCAAGAGCAUGAAGUGGAGCAGGACUUGGGCAGUGCUCAAGAUUAUGAGGCUUCCCUGUCUCCUGCUGCUUCCUCCGUCAACAUCCCCCUAUCCACCUCACCGCUGAACCUACGGCAUGACCUCUACUCUAAUGACAUCUACCCUCAUCCUGAGUCAGACAGGUUUCGCCCACUGCGCCUGACCAGAGAGGAGCAUGAGUUGGUGUUGGCCAAUCACAGGAAGGUGUCUUUGUACCUUGAUGAGAAGAGGGAGGGGCUAAAAAGGAAGCAGGAACUGGAGGAGGAACUUUUGAGAGCAAAGAUCAAAGUGGAGAAAAUGAAGGCUGCUCGGCUUAGACAUGGGCUGCCGAUUCCUCUGUAACAAACGCGUGUGCAUGCAAAUAACGACAUGCACAGCAGAUGAUUGUGAGCAUUAAGGGAGAAUCUUUAUGCAUUAAAGAGAUGUGACUGAGAAGAAAGUUCACUCAUUAGUUCAUUUCAUGUUGCAGAGUCGUUUCAAAUCAUUGUGCCUGUUGCAAACAUUAAUGGCCUUUUUGUCUAUAUUGCAGAUUGCAACUGAUUUUGCUGCCAUCAUACUUCUCUUGUUGGUGAUUUUAAAAGAAAAAUUUCAGAUUAUCCAGCAGUUUAAAACAAAGUUAUUGUAAAAUAACUUGGAAAUAUAGGUACCUUGAACUAAAGCAUAUUUAGGUACUUGUUGGAAGGCCCUCACACAUGAUGAUAAUGAUGACAGAGCCUGUUAACUGAGAUGGGGAAAAUGACUUGUAAACAAGUAAGAAUCCUCUUUGUUUAAAAUGACGACCCUUUAAAGGACUAAAAGAGGGAAUUACUGAAUUUAUGAUUUUUACAUUUGUGAUGUAAUUGUUGGUGUAUAAAUAUUUUUCAGUGUCUUUUACAGUGUGUUCACAUAU